GGAUGAGGCAGGGCGGAGUGGGGCCGAAGGUGCAGCAGGAAGUAUUUGGGGUGUCCCAGGACCUACGACUCCCACAGCCUGAAUACCCAACCCAGUCCUUCAGGGCCCCGGCCCCAGACAACCCAGGAGAGGCUUGGGCUGCGCCUGCACGCCGCCCCUCCAUCAGCUCCUCGGGUCAGUGCGGGCCCCGCCCCUGCCGUGUGGCCUGUGCGUGGACUGCGGCCUCCGCUGCCCGCACUGCACGCACUGGGCCGGGCCCAGUCCACCCAGCGGGGAAGGAGACACCCGACUGCCCUGGCAGCCAUGCGGUCCCCGUGGUGUCCCCUGCAGACGCCCUCACUGGCUCCCCAACUGCUCCUCCUCCUCUUGCUCUUCGGAGGGGGUGCAGGGGCUGAGGCCCGGGAGGAUCCAAAUCUCCUAGUGACCGUGCAGGGGGGCCGGCUGCGGGGCAUCCGCCUGAUGACCCCAGGGGGCCCUGUCUCUGCUUUCCUGGGCGUCCCCUUUGCAGAGCCACCUGUGGGCCCCCGACGCUUUCUGCCACCAGAGCCCAAGCGGCCUUGGUCAGGAGUGCUGGACGCCUCCGCCUUCCAGCGGGUUUGCUACCAGUAUGUGGACACCCUGUACCCCGGCUUUGAGGGCUCUGAGAUGUGGAACCCCAACCGAGAGCUGAGCGAGGAUUGCCUCUACCUCAACGUGUGGACGCCAUACCCUCUGCCCACGUCCCCCACCCCUGUCCUUGUCUGGAUCUAUGGGGGCGGCUUUUACAGCGGGGCUUCAUCCCUGGACGUGUAUGAUGGACGUUUCCUGGCACAGGCAGAGGGGACGGUGCUGGUGUCCAUGAACUACCGGGUGGGCGCCUUUGGCUUCCUGGCCCUGCCAGGGAGCCGGGAAGCUCCAGGCAAUGUGGGUCUUCUGGAUCAGAGGCUGGCCCUGCAGUGGGUACAGGGCAACGUGGCAGCCUUUGGGGGGGACCCAACAUCUGUGACACUGUUUGGGGAGAGCGCAGGUGCCGCCUCGGUGGGCAUGCACCUGCUGUCCCCUCCCAGCCGGGGCCUGUUCCACAGGGCUGUGCUGCAGAGUGGAGCCCCCAAUGGGCCCUGGGCCACUGUGGGCAUGGGAGAGGCCCGCCGCAGAGCCACACUGCUGGCCCGCCUCGUAGGCUGCCCUCCAGGUGGCACUGGGGGCAAUGACACAGAGCUGGUGGCCUGUCUGCGGACCCGGCCAGCCCAGGACCUGGUUGACCACGAGUGGCACGUCCUGCCUCAAGAAAGUGUCUUCCGAUUCUCCUUUGUGCCUGUGGUAGACGGGGACUUCCUCAGUGACACCCCUGAGGCCCUGCUCAGCGCUGGCGACUUCCAGGGUCUGCAGGUGCUGGUGGGUGUGGUGAAGGAUGAGGGCUCCUAUUUUCUGGUUUACGGGGCCCCAGGCUUCAGCAAGGACAACGAGUCUCUUAUCAGCCGGGCCCAGUUCCUGGCCGGGGUGCGGGUCGGGGUCCCCCAGGUGAGUGACCUGGUGGCCGAGGCUGUGGUCCUGCAUUACACAGACUGGCUUCACCCUGAAGACCCCGCGAGGCUCAGGGAGGCAAUGAGUGAUGUGGUGGGUGACCACAACGUGGUGUGCCCCGUGGCCCAGCUGGCUGGUCGACUGGCCACCCAGGGUGCCCGGGUCUAUGCCUACAUGUUUGACCACCGUGCCUCCACGCUCUCCUGGCCCCUCUGGAUGGGGGUGCCCCACGGCUACGAGAUCGAGUUCAUCUUUGGGCUCCCCCUGGACCCCUCGUUAAACUACACCAUCGAAGAGCGAAUCUUUGCCCAGCGGCUGAUGAGAUACUGGGCCAACUUUGCUCGCACAGGGGACCCCAAUGAACCCCGGGACCCCAAAGCCCCGCAGUGGCCACCAUACACCGCGGGCACACAGCAGUACGUGAGCCUGAACCCGCGACCGCUGGAGGUACGGCGCGGGCUGCGUGCCCAGGCCUGCGCCUUCUGGAACCGCUUCCUGCCCAAAUUGCUCAGCGCCACCGACACCCUGGACGAGGCAGAGCGCCAGUGGAAAGCCGAGUUCCACCGCUGGAGCUCCUACAUGGUGCACUGGAAGAACCAGUUCGACCAUUACAGCAAGCAGGAUCGCUGUUCAGACCUGUGACUCAGGCGGACCCCAGCUCCCCGUCCCGCCCUCUAGUUGUAUAUACUAUUUAUUUAAGGGCUGGGAUAUAACACGGAUGAGCCCCAGGCCCUUUCCCCACUUUUCCCCCGGGGCACCCUCUCCUCUGCAUGUCUCAGGCCGAGCUCCCUCCCCUGCGGUGCCUUUGCCUCUCUGGGCUGCCAAUAAACUGUUACAGCCA